CAUUUUUUUGCUUGUCCAAAAUAUCCCCCUUCUAACUUACAAGUAAAGCUCCCCCAUUUUAUCGCAUAUGCACUUCAUCGUACCAAAUCACAUUCUUCCAGUAACUUCCGUCGCUCUCGUCCUGCUCCAGAACUCGAGGGGCGCUUUAUUUUACGGUAG